UGCUUGCAUGAGCUAGUUGGGCGAAAACCAACGUGCUUUUCGAAGAGAGCAGAAAAUGAGCUCGAAAUCACAAGAAAUGUCGAAACUUGUUGCAAACAUGGAUGCAUAUCUUGCGCAGCUGGGCCUGUGCAGGAAAACAAUUGUCAGAGACGGGUCCUGUUUGUUCCGUGCGGUGUCGGAGAAGCUGUUCCUGACUCAGUCCUACCAUCUGAGGAUCCGGCAAAUGUGUGCAGAUUAUCUCUGGAGGCAUCGAGACGAGUUUGAACCUUUUAUUGAAGGUUCCUUUGAAGAGAGAAUUUUUAGAUUACAGAAUUCAAAAGAAUGGGCAGGCCAGGUGGAAAUGAUGGUACUAUCCAGACUCUAUGGUGUGGAUUUCAUUAUCUUCCAACAACCAGAGUGUCCUCCUGCCAAUGUAACACAAAAUAACUUUGUAACAAAGAUAUUGCUGUGUUUUGUUGAUGGCGUCCACUACGACAUUAUCUACCCAAGAUCCUUUGUACAGGACGCUGCCAUCUGUCAAUCAAUUCUGUAUGAGAUUCUUUACCACGGGGUGUUUGGACUGACGAAUGAGUUACAAGAAGCUGUGCUCUUUAUUCGACAGCAGAAGAAAAGCUCUCGGGAGAUACAUGAAAAUGGCUGUUUAUACUUGGAGACCUGCCACAGUGGAGAGAACAACUUCCUUACACGCCAUAUAAGCCGGUCCACGCCACCACUGCCGUAUCGGAUAGCCAAAGCUCUAGACCCAGUGUUUUUCAGAAACGUUGAACUUGACAUUAUUCAGGAGGAGAAGAGAGAAGCGAAGUUAAGAACUCAGCAAGGCAAGGACUUCAAUGGUUUUGCCCCUGGUGACAAGUGUCAAGUAUUGCUGGCCAGCCACACAGACAGACUCUAUAAUGCCCAUAUACAACACUUGUCAGAAAACCAGGGACCAGUGGAAGUCUUCAUAGAGGAACUUGGAGAAAAGAAAACGGUUCCAUAUUCCAGUCUGCGUUCAAUACCAGCUGCCUUGAAAAAUAGCUGCCUGCUGCCUCUGGAGGGAAAGAGUAAGAGAAAGAAAGGGAGUCAGUGUCUGAUGCCAGUUACUUCCGUGGACGUAGCCUCACAACACUACCACAUCUCGCCCAGCAGAUCCCCACUCACACGCUCUGUCUGGACACCCAACAAUAACAGCUGCCGCCCCCUUGACAUUGGGCAGAGAAUGCCGAUACCUCAAGCACCUGUUCCUGAGAGUUCAGAGCCCCUGGAGAACGGCGGUGGUGGUCAUUACUGCACAGUGCCUGUGUCGUCAGCCUCGUCCAGCACCAGCUCCCAGGCCCCCCUGCCUAUGACACAACCCCCUGUGUAUCUAGUGCCUGUAGUCAACGUACCCUAUGCUUCAUCCAUUGGUCAGGUGAACUUCAGUUGGGGACCAUCUCAAGAUCCAUAUGGCAAAGAUUUGCCCCUGUCAGAUAUGAACACACUGCGAUACUUCUUCAACCUUGGUAAUGAGUAUUCCCGAGUCAUAGCGAGUUUCCAGCAGUCACAGCAGCCGAUACUUCCACCACCACCGCCGCCACCCAUGAUUGGUCCAGUUGAUAUGUCAGCUCAGCCAAUGAUGUCACAUUAUGAUCAGGGUCAGUCAAGCAUGAGAAACAAGUUACCCGUUAAAACACAAAUCAGUCAAAAAACAUCUGAUUUCAAUCUAGCACCGAGUUGUGGGAAACCUGAUGUGAAGAAGGGAGGUAACUCUGUGUCUGAUCCUUACCGCGAGAAAGAGGCUGAAGAUGAGGGCUGUCUGUCCACUGACAGUGGUUGUGUUAGUGAGUGUUCAGGCAGUUUGAGCCCCUCCAAGCUGGAGAGUUCUACCGAGGAGGGAGACAUGGAGGGCAGUCAUAGUGUCUGUGGAAUUGAGGAGAAUCCUCUAGGAAGCACAGAAUGUAUUGAGAUUAAUAGUGAGGGGAAAGGAAAAGGUAAACGAAAGUAUUACAUGUAUGGCAAUCACAAACUGGUCAAACCAAUCAAAGAGAUCCCUCCAAGGUUCCAGGUGUUGCUGGCCGAGACGAGCGCGGCUAAAGCUCGCUGCGAAGGCCAGCCAAUCUACAUUCAGCAGUCUGAGGGCUUAAUUAGUUACGAUAAGGACAACUGCAGUAACCUGAAUGUUAAUGCUAACUGCUUUGUUCCUGGUCAGAAUAUCCCCAUGGAUAUGAACUGCGGCCUUCCUGCUGGCCUCACCUUCUUGCCUUGCACAUCCUUACAAGUCCCCCCUUCCCAGCAUCCCACAAUGCAAAGCGUACCUCCUACGCUGCCGUCGACCAUGGUAGGGCCUCAUCACCAGCCGCUGUUCUCAGCCCCCCCUCCCAACACGGUACCCCCCUCCAGCGUCCCGAACGUUCUGGUGAGCUCUCAACCCCUGCCUAGCACUUCUGCAUGUCCUCCUCCUCCUGCUUCCCUUGCUAACAAUUACACAAAUGGUGGUGGUUCUUGCUAUUAUGUCUAUCCGUCUUCUCCUUCCACAGGCUUUGCUCCCAUCCCCGGCACACCUUCCCAAGGUCAAGGUCAAGUGGUGUACAUGGUAGGCCCCUCGUACCCCACUCCGCCUGUCCAGACCUUCCAGCCAGGGCUGCCCCCUGUCAACUACAGCGUCAGUGUACCCUGCCCGGCGGCUUCCCAGUAACGGCAAAAGAAGAUGGAGUCUUCGCUAGUGCUACUCCUAGCUUUGUUAGUGCGCACUGUUAUCAUCCUAAACUCGACAAUUUUAGGUUGUCUGGCUGUCUAAUUCCAUAAUUCUUAUUUGGCAAAGUCUGAAAUUUGGACUACAAUUUUUACAUUUUUGCAAAAUAAAUUUAGCAUUUUGAGUCAAAAGUUUGAUAUUUUUAGGGCAUGUUUCUGGAAAUGAAACUAGGGCCAGAUUUUAAUGUAUUUAGUUUGUAUGGAUAUAAACAUGCAAGGAAGUCAAGGUUUUAGGAUAUUAACAGCUACGUAGUGCCAUCAGUUUUAGGCUAAUUGUACUUGGUGUUUAACACUAAUAUUUUUAAGCCAUCUUCAUAGCAUAACAUUAGAGCUUGCCAUUACUAGUCUUCAUAUUGCCUCAGUCGACUGGGAAGAGAGCAGGAAUGGACUAGUCCAUUGUGGAGUGUGGAACCAUGGCGACAAAAGGACAGGUCUUGUUUAAACAUAGUCUUGAGUCAAAGGACAUAUAUGAUGUUAACGUGCCAAGAACUGUUGUUGCAGAUUUUCAAAUGAAAGAUACUUGCAUAUAUAUAUAUAAGGAAGAACUUUGGUGGAAAGGGACAUGAUUGCAUCUGAUUCAUGAUCAUAGUGAAUCCUCACGAAGUGGCGUGUUUUCCUUACUGAAGUGAGCAAUCUGUGUCAUCGAAGUCGUGGACCUGAAUCUCAAGCAGGACAUUUCCGUGAAACGUACACAUUCAAUUCUGAGACAGUUUUGGAAUGCGAUACAAACCAUGUUUGAAAGGCAUUGCCAAAUGCUUUUUGAGAUGAUUGGCAGUUUUGAUGACAUGUCCGUCAUCAGACAAUUAAAGAGACGACCAAACAUGAAUACGUGUCUCCUGAACACAUUGAUAUGGAUUACCACAGUCCUCUACUGAUGGUAGACUUGUGAUGUACCCAUGGUAUGAGACGAAUUGUGACGAUACCCCAAUGCUUGUUGUCAUACACGUGCAUUGGCAUUACUUGAACAAAAGGAGAGAUUGCCUCUGUUUAGCAUUUUCAAAAUUAAAAAGCAUUUAGUUUGAGUGUUUUGUUAUGUCAGAUUAUUAAAGAUAUUUAUUUCCAUGUUUGUUUUUGUUAUGACAACUAUAUAGGACAUUAGUUUUCUCCCAUUGUGGAGCUGAUCAUUUUAGAAAGUCUGGAAUCUGCUUAUGUUUUGAAAGACUUUCCUGUCACCUUAGGGAGCAUUGAUUGUGUCCCACUUGUUCAUUCAGUUGUUCCUACAAAAUAAGUUUGAUAUCUUUGAUGGAAAGUUUGAAUACUAUACAGUUUAACAGGUGUUAAAAGUUGAAUGUUAUUAAGUCAAGAUAUAUAUAUAUUUUUUAUGCAAUUAUCACAUUUGAGAUUUAAUUUUGUUGAUUGUAGGUUAGACUUUAAUGUUCGUUAUUAACAUAACUGUGAAUAGUGAUGUCAAUUAUUUUAGUUAGUUUAUUAAGAGAUCCAGGUGUAAAACUAAAGAAAUCUUUUCCCUAUUUUCUGUUGUAAAUAUUGAAGGACGAAUGAAAAUACCCUCAGUAGGCUGAGUUUCAUCAUACAGAGUUUGAAUUGUGAACUCAUCCAGUUACACGAUGGUGUUCUCUGGGGAGCAUUUUGAAAUUGUUAUAUUUGAAUGUCUUAAUAUGAUUUAAUUUUUUGAUAGAACUCCUCAAUAUAUUUUGAUAUGAAAAUUUAGAAUUUGAAAUUCAUGUGUAACUCCUGGAGAGCUUUGAUAGGUAUUUUACUUCACUGGUUGUGUCUGGAUCUAUGGAGGCUUCAGAAUAUUUACUUCCCUAGAUUCACGAGUUCUUUUAGUACUUUAAUGAGAACUGUGAUACCUCCACUUUUCUUUUUGAAGUAUCCAAUAAACACGAUUGCGUUAAAUGGUUACUUCACAUUGUAAAUCUUCAUAAGGAAGUCAGUAUUUUUGACAUGACGACUUUGUUACGGUACUAUAAUUGACAAAGAACUCUGAAAGCAGCAAACAUUGUAAGAAUAUUUAGGCCAUCUCUGAGUGAAGGGAAUUUUUAAGUCCUGGGUGUAGAACAGUUGUCUCCCCCUGAUCACGUGGCGGUGAUUCGGUAUUGGUCAUGUUGAAGUAAAUUGAGCCAGGGGAAACAGGUUUUAUUGACUUCUUGUGACUGAUAUUUUUUUUAUAGUAUAUAUAAAAGAAUUGUUAUUCAGAAUAUUGACAUUUAAAUAUACGUUUGGCCAGUAUUGAAGACUUCCAUGGUCAUUGUGGCCAGGACAGCCAUCUCAACAGAAGUUUUCAGAGGCUUUGUACCAGCACAUGGCACAGAUAUGUGAGGUACAGGCGGAGUCUUUUCACGUAUAUUCAGUGCUGAUUAUGUUAAUAUAUGACUUUCCUAUCUGCCUUCACGAUGACACAAGGAAGCUUUAUCUCGCUAUGCUACAAAAAUAAUUCUAUAUUGAACCUAAUUGUGUGAAUGAGUAUUAAUCAAACUGUAGUAACUGUCUAGAGUUUGAGUAGGGCAGCACAGCACCUGGCCUAGCAGCAACCCUGGGGGCGUUAACAUGUAGAGUAUAGACGUCUACCACAGUUAUAGAGAAAUGUACCGUGGCCGAAAUCGUUAUUCAGAAACAAACCUCAGCUGACCACAACAUGGCUAAUAGUGAUUGGAUGAGUUCAUUAAACAAUGUGUGAAACCAAAUUCAGUUUCAAUUGUAACGUAAGCCUGAAUUGCAUUUAUUGGAAAAUAAAUGAUAGUGGUACAGGUUUAAGAUAAAUGUUAUGAGAAGAUACAUUUCUUCAACUCUCACACCAGCCACUAUUGAUUGUUACCAUGAUUUGGCACACCUGAAGCCUGCAGAGGAAGCUAUUCAACACAUCGUUGAAUGAGUGGACUUGGCUAGUGGCUCCAGUACCAAGCUGUGGACAGUUAGGGUACGUUUCUCUAUUCUGAUUUCAGCCCUGGUUGAAUUCUGUAUGUAUACCAAAAGGGUAGUGGGGUACCCAGGUGGUAAAAGCUUGCUCGUCCCUCGCCAAAGGCUUAGUUAGGAUUAAUACCAUUUCAGCUGUCUCCUGUCUCCUGUUUCCUGUCGGGAUUUUGCUGGAAUUUUGCUAAAAGCUGUGUGAAACCAUACUCACUCACUGUGUACCCCAAAGUACCUUGGUGCAUUUCUGUUGUACUCUAUACUACUAAAGGGGCGGUCGGGUAGCCUAGUGGUUAAAGCGUUCGCUCGUCACGCCCAUUUCGGGUGUCCCCUGCCGUGAUAUUGCUGGAAUAUUGCUAAAAGCGGCGUAAAGCAAUACUCACUCACUAUACUACUAAAACACUUGCACAACAACAGCAGCAGCAGCAGCAGCAGCACCACGAGAGAUGUGAAUGUCUAGUCAUGUCAGAUGGGACAAUUGAAUCAAUUCAUUAUUUCAUGAGCUCAGCAUAAUAUGGGCCAGAUCUCCAAAAUCAUGUAUUGUACUUAAUGUUUGUAAAUUCCCCUAUCUUUCUGGAUACAAAAUCGUAGACAAACAUGUAAAAUCUGGAAUUAGGCAAAUGACUUUUUAUGAAUGUUUUUUUCCUUUUUAUUUUGUAUUAAAACUGACAUUCAAUAGAUCAGACUUAUUUUGUAGAUGUUUUCAUAUUUGAAAUAUUUAUUGUUUAUUGGUUCAUGGUUGCUUUGAAUUAUUUUGAUGUAUAACUUGAUAUAUCCUAUAAGAGAAUACUUUGCCAGAUUCAUAUUGAAUUGUUGCACUUGCUUGACUAUGCAUUUUAAGAAAUACUGCUGUUUAUAAGACCACGAUUCAUUAACAUUGUGUACUAUGUAUAGUCAUUGCUUGGAAACAUCAGCACAGACAUGUCCAAAGGUUUCCAUCUUGAACUUAAUAACCAGACCAGUUUAAUAGUAGUCACCUGUUUGAAUCUGGCUACCUAACAUUUGUUGUGUCAAUUGUUUGAUUUUGUGUAAUUAUUGUGUUAUUUAUGCAUUAGUUUGUCAAUCAUUCUUGUCCUGUGUCAAGCGUAGUUCCUUUGAAUCACAAUUUGUACAACGAACGUGUGAUUGGUGUGUUCGCUGAGUGGUCACCCUGCAAACAGGAACAAUAACGAAGUCAGUGCAAGUGUUUUUUCAGAAAAAUCUGGUCAAAUAAUGUACUCCUUUAUUCAGGGGUUGUUAAUAUCCAUUAAAAAUAUUCCUGAUUAGAAUUUGUUUUGUUUUGAAUGUUUUUUGUGAAAAGAAAUUAUUCCUGUACAGGGAGCGGUUGUACAAAACCUUAGCACUACGACGGUCGUAAUUCUGUUAGAGCUAAGGUGAUCGUAACUACCAUACCUUAAGAUCGCUUUGUAUAACGGCACCCAGGUCCACAAUGAAGAAAGAAAUGCCUUAAUUAUUUGACCCAAACCAUGUUUAUUAGGUUUAAGCAUAAGCAUGUGUAAAGGUGAAGUUUAUGGUACUGUAAUUCGACAACUGACGACGUUCCAUGAAGCCCUCUUCACACUGUGACUGUCGUGAAAGUAAUAAGUUGUCAGACGCUAACAUCUUAUUCUGAAUCUAGGCUCCUGGUAUGGAAUGAUUGCAGUCUACAUCUAAUCACGCUUUAAACUCUUGAGAGUAGUCUGCGAGAUACAUUUAUGAAUGUAUUAGAAUGUGUGACUUUUUUUCAAAUUAGAUUAAUUUUGCUAGAUUAUUUGGAUUUGAUUAAAUAUAAACUUGUGAUGCAGUAUUGCAAAUCAAGGAUGAGACUUUUCCGUGGAAUUCCGUGGGAACACCAACUAUAUCAAUACAAGAUAUAGCUGUUCACCGACUCAGCUGAUCAUGGGUCAUUGUGACCUGGUGUGGAUUGUUGCUCAUGUUAUCAGCCACUGGUUUGUUUGGUCUAUUCUCGAUUGUUGUGCACGCAGCAGUGAUAUAUACCAUUCACCUUGAUAGGGACAUUCUUGUUAUUUCUUAAUAUACAGAAAUAUCCCUAUCAGUUGUUGAGUGGCAUAGUUGGAAUAUUGAUGACUGCAGCAUUGCAGUUACUGUAAUUAUUAACAUUACCUAUUGUAUUAUUAGUAUAGAAUGAACGUGUGUUAUAACUACUGGUAUCUGAUAUCUGCACAUGAACACUGGUCAUGAUUGGUCAAUUAAAGCCAUAUGAUGUCACAGUGCUUCCUUAAUUGUUGAGGAAAAUAUGACAUGGCAUCAUCCAUUGUUCAUGACAUCACAAAUUGUGUACAUUUUGAACAUCUGCCUUUUGUGAAGCUUCUCUGUACAGAUGACAGUACAUACGUUUUUUCCUUCACUUUCUCCAUAAACAUAACACUGAGCAACACUGAAUAACCUCCUCGUCAUUACGGAAUGUCUGUCUGUCCCUAGUGAAUGAAUGCUGUAUGUCGCUUGCCAAAUGCUGGGAUUAAUACUAGGGCUGGGACGAGUCCAAAUUUACUACCCGGGUACCCACACCCCUAUUACCCGACCCUACCCGGGUACCCGCUGUUGGUCUAAAGAGAUAGGUACAAAAUGUCCGAUUGGGAAUAGUUUGACAGUAGCCCUGGCAGAAUGUAUUUGUACUUGUAUAAAAUGAUGUGGUCAUGCAUACACUGAAGUUGACUGCAGUUUUAGCUUUGUUCAAACCUAUUUAAAUCAAAAGGUACUUGUUCAUAGUCAUAAAGAAAUGCGAACAUUAGAGACUUAAAAUUGUCGUGUAACCAUGUAGUUAUAUAGUGAAUUUUUGUCAUGAAACAAUAUAUCAUGUGACUAACCACGGGGCCGGGUUGUCCUGUGGGUACCCAGGUCCUACUCGGUACCCACCCAACCCGAGUACCCGAGUUACCCGUCCCACCCGUCCCACCCGUCCCAGCCCUAAUUAAUACUAUUCAUUCACUCGGUACAGAUAAUCCCUAAUUCCUUGUAGCUUGUUGGUUGUUCUGUAUAUAAGCUCUGCAAUAAUGGAGAUUGUUCAUUGUAUGUCGACUGUCGUACAACAUGUGAUUACCUCGUGUGAUUCCUGUAGUUUUAUGUUGAUCAAUGUUCAACAUUCUGUAUUAAUUAGUUGUUGUUAAUCAUGAUUAUUCUUAUAAUUUAUUGCAUUUAGAUUGUUUGUCUGUUAUGUAGUUUGUUUGUUGAAAUUGCAACUUCUUACCCCAAAUCUAUUAUUAGGCAUUUACUAAGCAUUGUACCAAUACAAAUAAAAACCACAGAUGAGUAAAAAUAUAUAUAACAAAUCUAAGAUCAGUCUUGAGUAACUUUCCCACUUCUGCUUAGUUUCAUUUAUUUGAAGCCAUUUAAAAAAAGUCAUGUUUUGAAAUAAUGGAAACUGAAACAUUAAUAUAAUUUAGAUAUUAUUGAGUAAUUUAGGUAAGUUAAAUGAAUGAAUAUUAAAUAUCUAAGAGGUGAGGUCAUGAUAGACAUUUAACUAAGUAUUUUAUUUUUGAGUAAUUUAGGUAAGUUAAAUGAAUGAAUAUUAAAUAUCUAAGAGGUGAGGUCAUGAUAGACAUUUAACUAAGUAUUUUAUUUUUGAGUAAUUUAGGUAAGUUAAAUGAAUGAAUAUUAAAUAUCUAAGAGGUGAGGUCAUGAUAGACAUUUAACUAAGUAUUUUAUUUUUGAAAGUUUUAUUUAGUUGCCAAGCAGUCAAAAUAUAGAAAUGAAAUCAAACUUUCUCUUCCUUUAAGAGUGCACAGAAAUACAGAUAUUAAAAGUAGAAGUGGUUCUAAAGCUGAGAGGGGAAAAUAGUCCAUGACCUUAUUUUCUUUUCCUUUUUUCACAAAUUCCUUUGUCUACAGAAAUAUGGACUUUGAUGCUGGUGUUGACCAAUGAUUAGGAGCUUUACAUGAAGCUGCUCUCGUCAUUCAUGUUGUCCGGUAACUUUUACUGUCAGUUAUAAGUUUAUGCUGUGAACAGACUUCAUAAUUGUGGAAACAAAAUUGUACCUAAUUGGUUUUAGUUUUGAAAAAGCAAUAUUUAAAAUGUGAAAUUGGAAAGAUAAAUAAAUCUAAAUGUUUGUUGAUAUUAAAGGGACAAUACCAGAAAGAUAGCUCGAUAUUAGAAAUAGUUGUUCAAAAAAGAUUACAUUGCGCAAUUAACGUGUUAAUUUCUCAAGUAAAUUCUAUUCAUUAACAUUCUUUUAGUACAUUUUGAUCAUUUUAGUGUGACAAAGUGUCAAAAUAUUAUUUUCUUUGUAGACCUUCUUGUAUGUUGAUUGGUUACAAUGAACUCAACUUGCGUUUCAAUUUGUCGAGUUGUUACUGUUCAAUUAUUUGUUGCUGAGCUUGAGGAUGACGGGACUAUUUCUCCCUGUGUUGUGUCUGUUUUCGUCCAGUCUGACUUGUCACUUCCAACCUGUGUGCAAUGUCACCGUACUGUAGGAAAACCUGUCGGUAUGAUGUCCUCAAAACGAUAAUUACCUGACGUCUAACCCUCUUUGUAUACAUAUACUACUCAAAAGAAGUCAAGGGUCGCCAUUUUUUUAUAUCUUUUUUUCCUGAUUUAUAUGAAACAUUUGGGUGGCCCUUUACUUCUUUUGAGCAGUAUUUAUCAUUUAAUAUUCAUAACAGUGUUCGCUAUGUGAAAAUAUAAGACAUGCAGCAAGAUUCGCUGGUAAUUUUACUCUAUGCAGUGAUGUUUUCGUGUGUGGCAUAAUGGGGUGAUGGGGUGGCCCAGUGGGUAAUGUGAUCCACAGGUUUUGUUCCCCACAUGGGUCCAAAGCCCUUUAGUCCUGAUAGUGAGAGAAUAUUACUCAUCUGGAAUUCCUACUAAUUUAUAUCUUGAAAGGAGCUAUCUGCUCGUAAAACAAAUCUUGUAUUUUCUUAGCUAAAGAAGAUGGAAGCCGCCUAUUUUCAGAUUUAUAUUUGGAAUUUUAUGAUUUUGUAACCCCGCAAACAGUUGUAAAUAUUUAUCCUGUUUGAAUUCAUAGAGCAAUAACAAUAUUAACUUAAAUAAUUGUUUAUGUAGGAGGUUUAGUUGUGCCUGAUAUUACUAAGUUCAAUGUAUAUAGAAAGUUAAAUUUAGCCAAAAGAAAAAAAACCCAAGACAUUACCAUAUUCCAUCAAAUGACCCCCCCAGGUUUUGAACCAAGGAGAGUAAAACUGUGUGCUCAGUGCUAAAGACAACCAAUCUAGCUGACUAAAAAGUGCUAGAAAUUCAGCAGGCUAAGGGUUAACAGAACAGUGAUAAUUCUGAUCAGAAUCUGAUGUUAAUUGUAUGCUUGUCGUAAGAUGUGACUAACGGGAUCGGGUGGUCCGCCUUGCUGACUUGGUUGACGCAUGUGAUUGUAUCCCAGUUGCGAAGAUCGAUGCUCAUGUCAAUCACUGAAUUGUCUGGAGUGCGGUGUUACCACAACAAACUGAAAACAAACAAACAAACAUCUUUAUUGAUGUAUGCUACUCAACAUUUACUUAGGACCACACUUUUGACUAAAGAUGACUUUUGUCCUUAGCAAAUGUUGAGUAGUAUAUAAACGUGUUAAAUAUCAUGUGAUACUUUGUAUUGGAAUCUAGUAUUGAAAAUCGGCAGAUGUUAUGGAAUGGCUUACAUCGCACACUCAAUAGGUACAGAACUAUCAUGAUGAAAUCAGUUUGUUAGUGACCCAAGGUUGUAUUUCAAUUAAGUGUACAUUUUCAUGUUCAGUUAUGCAAGAAUGUGUCUUCAUUAUCACUUCCAAGAUGUCUUCCAGAUCAUGUGAUGGUAGUCAUGGUGAUGGGAAUAUGCUUCUCUGUUUGACCAUUGCUGUCACAUGACUGCUUGAACCUGGAUAUCAUAUAUAAAAAACACCAUUAUUGCAAAUAUGUCCAUUCUGUGUGAUGGAUGAUCAAAGCAAUCAUUGUGCAUCAUGGGACUCGCUGGAUGGUGACGACCCAGUUCCUCGAGUCUCAUGUUGACAUCCAUCUGUUCCGGUGCUGGUGACUGAAUCAAGUCUGUUGUAUUGUGUCAGUGUGUUUUGUCCUCAAAUAAAUCAUUAGAAGUU